AUGGCUGCGCCUUGCUCGCCUUACAACAUCGCAUCGUCUACGACACAUUUUGUGGAGUCCCCUAAAUCUACAAUCGACAAACUCCGCCGUGAGCCACGGAUGUCGGACUUUGCAUGCCUUGUCAUAAUCAAAGACAAAAGCGGCAGUCGUCCGUGCAAGAAUCGGCCUUCCUCUUCCCAGGAGGUUGUUGAUGCCGCUUACAAUAUAAUCAACUCGCAAACCUCCGGCUCUUAUACCACCGAACAAUCGAAAAAGCUUCUCAAAAUCUUCCUAUGCUCGCGGACCCAUAUCAGGAUGUCUAAGUACUGCGAGGCUGUCCAGCACUUACUCUCGUCUUCACCAGGGGAUGAUGCCUCUAUUCAUGAUGAUCCACCUGCACGACCCGGGCUGAUUCUUCCUCCACCAACACCAUGCAAAACAAGUCUGACGACACAUUAUCCUCCAAUGCCUUCAUCAUACAAGAUCGCAUCCAGGCUAAAGUCACAAUUUAAUGAGGAAAGACUUGAUGACAUGGAAGAAGCUAGCGAGAGCGACGACGAAGAUUUGGACCCCGCCGAGGACUCUAAUCUCAAGGCUAAUAGAACGUCUACUGGAGAACCGGAACUCUUGGAUCAUGAACCAUCACAUCCAAAACCAACCAUUUCAGACAAUAUAUCUCCAGACCAAAAACCAACCAAAGGACCUACAAAAUCGCGAAAGUCACGACCUUCACGUAGGCCUUCUUCGCAAAAGGAAUCUCACCAAGACUUAUCCGACUUUGUUAAGUUGGGGAUUUCGAAGAACGUGACGCAAAGGGCAUACAAUGUCAAGUCUGAUUGCCGUUUAAAAGACAUACGGGUAGAUUGGAAAUCUGACCAGUGCUUUAAGAACCCUACGAACAUCGAACGUGAGGCACAACAAGAGCUUAAGAAUGUGGAACUCUCUCACGAGAAAAUACCUUGUUGGCACGGGAAAGACGAUCCAGAAUAUCACCACGAAUGGUUCCAAUGCGACUUGGAAACAGCUAAAGCUGUGGUCAAGUCAGUUAUCGCAAGAAUUGGAAUACCACUUGACGAAAAGGCCUCUGCCGAGCCCGAAACCGUCACGGAGAAGACUUCCAUGUCAAUCUGUCUUCCAACAAGGACUAGGUCCAUAGAGUCUGGAGAGAAGGUUUCUUUUCCGAAGGCUCUUCCUACAUUGGCCGAGCCUGCAAAGCCCACGGACAAGGUUCCCACGUCAACUUGUCUUCCAACAGGGACUGAGUCUACAGAGCUCACAAAUAAAGGUCCGGCAUUGAAAAAUGUUCCAAACGAGUCUUACGGAACGUUGUUAGGACCUUGGGAAUACUCCUUUCAUUUGCUACGCGAUUAUUAUAUGGGACAUUAG